UUUCUCGUGAGGAAUACUUUCUUUAGCAACACCUGCGUUCCAGAUCAGAACUUCCAAAGAUAGCCGUGCUCGCUCAAUCAAGCCAGUACUUGGGUCUAUCCUUGGAAUAGUUUUAUCAGCGCCUCGCGCGGCCCCUUCGCCAUGGAGGACUUGAAUCAAACCUCCUCAUCCCCCGCAUCGGGGCUCCCUCUCGCAUUCCACGGCACUAUAAUCCACUCCCGCAGCCUGGUCGAACUUGAAUUCCUUGAGAACUGCUUCAUUCUUGUGGAUAAAUCGGGCAAGAUUCAAGUCUUGCAGACGGACGUGGAUCCAACUCAAAUCAGCGCCAUCAUCUCCGAUCACGGAUAUGCGCCCGACGUGUUCCCAGUCAAGUACCUUCGUCGGGGCGAAUUCUUGUGCCCGGGGUUUGUUGACACGCACAAUCAUGCCCCUCAGUGGACACAGCGCGGUAUGGGCCGUGGCAUCUCACUCAUUGACUGGCUGAACAACGUCACUUUUGCUCACGAAGCCAAGUUUGCCGAUGUCGAGUACGCCAAACGCACGUAUGCGUCAUGUGUGGAUGGUUUCCUCCAGCAGGGCAUCACGACUGCGUCUUACUAUGGAUCUUACCACGGCGAGGCGACGCGCAUCUUGGCCGAUGUCUGCUACCAGAAAGGCCAGCGAGCCUUGGUGGGUAAGUGCAACAUGAACCGAAACGCGCCAGACUGGUAUCGCGAUCCCUCCGUCUCGGAUUCGUUACGGGAGACGCGGGCCUUGAUCCAGCACGUCCGGACCCUUGACCCAGAAGGUCAAUUAGUGCAGCCGGUCAUUACGCCGCGAUUCGCCAUUUCUUGUGAAUCCGAACUUCUUUCGGGUCUGGGAUCUAUCGUUCAAGAGCAUCCCGAUGUGCCAAUUCAGACUCAUUUCAACGAGGAAAAGGAGGAGAUCAACUUCACACGCGAGCUCUUUCCCGAAUUCCACCUGGAAGCCGAUCUAUACCGAAAUUUUGGACUUUUGAACGAGCGAUCCAUCCUGGCCCACUGUAUCUACCUGGAAGAAAGGGAAAUGGACAUGCUGCAGGAGCUCCGUUGCGGUGUCGCACACUGCCCAAUUUCAAAUACCACCAUGCGCGACUUUAUGAUUGCACCGAUCCGUGAGUAUCUGCGCCGGGGUAUCAAGGUCGGCCUGGGAACGGACAGUGGCGGUGGGUAUUCCUCAUCCAUGUUAGAUGCGAUGAAGCAAGCUUUUAUCGUAUCACUCGCCCAAAAGACGCACACCAACGGACGAGAUGAGCCAUUGUCACUAGCCGAGGGGUUCUAUCUUGCGACCAUGGGCGGUGCGCAAGUCUGUGGCUUGGAUGAUAAGAUUGGCAGCUUUGCGGUGGGGAAGGAAUUCGAUGCCUUGGAGGUUCAUACCAUCGAUUUGGAUCGGCCCGGAGUGAUGUCGCUGGUGGAAGAGGAGGAUUCGAACUUUGUCAUCUUUGAGAAAUUCCUCAUGACGGGUGAUGACCGAAAUAUUGCCAGGGUCUAUGUUCGAGGUCGUUCGGUGAAGGUGUGAGCAGCGUACGUAUAUCACGGUAGACGAUGCUUGAUCAAGAACUUGGAGUGGCCACGACAGAAACAAACGUAAUCCCAAUUCGAAUACUGAAGCAAAGACUUCCAAGUCUCCACCUGCAGCUGCACAGUCCAAAAUUGGGAAUGAUGAUUGUUCAUGCGAAGAAGUCAUCACUCGACGAAUAUGCUGCUAUCUUCAGUUCCGGACAAGCACCGAGUGCUACAACAUCAUGGCUCAAUCAUUAUACAAUUAUAUUUCAUUAUCUUU